UACUCUGCAAAAGAGCGAGACUGGAUCCGUCCUCCCUCGGCCAAUAUCCUGGGAGCUCUGGACCUCGGCGGAGCCUCCACCCAGAUCAGUUUCAUUCCCGCUGGUCUGAUCGCGGAUCCUUCCGAAGCCGUCCAGUUUCGCCUCUACGGCUUUGACUACAACAUCUAUAGCCACAGCUACCUCUGCUACGGCCAAAACCAAGCUUUCCAACGGGUGAUCCGGUUGAUUCUUAGUGGAAGCCCCAGUGUUGAGGUGGCUCACCCCUGCUACCCAAAAGGCUACGAAGAGGAGGUACAGGCGGCCUCCCUCUCUGACAACCCCUGCGUCAAGCCUCUGCCCGCCACCACCUCUCCGUCCAACGUCACUCUGGUGGGCAAAGGGAAUUCUAGCCUUUGCCGGGAGAAGUUCAAAGCCAUCUUCAACUUCUCCGGCUGCCGAGAUCCCUCAUCCUGCGGCUUUGAAGGAAUCUACCAGCCAAGAGUCAACGGGAAGUUUCUGGCCUUUUCAGCGUAUUACUACACUUUCCGAUUUCUGAACCUGACUGUCACUAGUCCACUGGCCACUGUAGAGAGAGCCAUCCAGGUUUUCUGUGCCAGAACAUGGGAAGAU